UCAAACUGAUUUCCUUUCUCUCUCUCUCUCUCUCUCUCUCUCUUUUUUUCUGUGUUUAGUCCAAUGGCUUCCUCACUGAGCAGAGAGCAGUACGUGUACCUGGCGAAGCUGGCGGAGCAAGCCGAGCGCUACGAAGAAAUGGUACAGUACAUGGAGAAUCUGGUCACCGGAUCAACGCCGGUGUCGGAGCUCACCGUGGAGGAGCGGAACCUCCUAUCGGUGGCGUACAAGAACGUGAUCGGCUCGCUCAGAGCCGCUUGGCGCAUCGUGUCUUCGAUCGAGCAAAAAGAAGAAGGGCGCAAGAACGAGGAGCACGUGUCGCUCGUCAAGCAGUACCGCUCCAAGGUCGAGGCGGAGCUAUCGGAGAUCUGCGCCGGAAUUCUCAGGCUGCUCGAGUCGCACCUGGUGCCUUCUGCUUCCACCGGCGAGUCCAAGGUCUUCUAUCUGAAGAUGAAAGGUGAUUAUCACCGCUAUUUGGCUGAGUUCAAGGUCGGCGAUGAGAGGAAAGCCGCCGCCGAGGACACUAUGCACUCUUACAAGGCGGCUCAGGAUAUUGCACUCACCGAUCUUGCUCCAACACACCCUAUAAGGCUGGGGCUGGCACUUAACUUCUCAGUUUUUUACUACGAGAUCCUCAAUUCAUCGGAGAAAGCAUGUAACAUGGCAAAACAGGCAUUCGAGGAAGCUAUUGCUGAGCUGGACACAUUGGGUGAGGAGUCCUACAAGGACAGCACUCUCAUCAUGCAAUUGCUGAGGGACAACCUCACUCUUUGGACUUCAGAUAUGCAGGAGCAGAUAGAUGAGGCAUAAGGAAUGGAAUAUUGUGCUCCUUGAGGGAGGUGGGCUUGAAUGUCAUACAUUUUCUGUAACCUGCAUAGCGCUGAUCAAAUGUGUCAUUAUAAGCAUCAUGUACUUGUGAUGAUUUGUAUCUCAUUUUAUUUGUUUUAUGGCUUAAAGAGACUUGAGAAGAUUUUUAGGACACUAGCUCUACUUUUAUUUUCCUAUUGUCCCAAAGUCUCCAGUAGUAUCAACUUGAUGUGUGUGAAUGAAUUCUAAUAGCCAGUGAAUGAUCUUCAUUGCAUAUAUUAAAUGUCUUUGAAGAUUGGAGUUUUAAAA